CUUUCAAGUUUUGUUGCUUUUGAUUUGUUUACUUCAAUGCCCAGUAAAGUCUCCGGUGAAUCGGAAGGGUUGUAUGAAUUAUCGUGCCUGCCUCUUUAGAGACCACAGUUCGGCCGUAGUUCGGCGGUAUCAGCCGCCUCAAUGUGCCCCUCAACCAUUGACUUCGACCCGCUCCGCAGUGCUUCGCCUCCUUAUGGCCACAAAGCUACGUCCACUUGUGGACUCGGCGUGGACGACAGUAGCCAGACAACGUAGACCCCAGCGGAUACCGCAGCCUCAAUUCCACCCACCGCAAUGCCGCCGCUUCGAGACCAAGGUCUCCGUCCCUCAACAUCCCUCCUUCGCCUUCGCCUUCGACAUUGAUGGCGUCCUUGUCCGGUCCGCCAAUCCACUACCAGGAGCACACGAGGCUUUGAAAUACCUGCAGGACCAGCGGAUCCCAUUCAUCUUACUCACUAAUGGAGGUGGGAGGUCGGAGACGGAACGGGUGGCAGACCUCUCGGAGAAGCUGGAUAUUAAGCUCGACGUAGGAAUGUUUGUGCAAUCGCAUACGCCUUUUGCGGACAUGCAUGAUUACAAGGACAAGACUGUGCUGAUUAUGGGAGGGGACUACGACAAGUGCGCGCGGGUCGCACGCGAGGAUUACGGGUUCGGGACUGUGGUCACGCCGGCGGAUAUAGUAUGCGCAUACCCGGAUAUCUGGCCGUUCUCGGCCAACUUCAUGGACUACUAUAAAAGCUUUGCAAGACCUUUACCAAAGCCUGUUAACCCGGCCUCGCUUUCCGAAAGCCUGAAGAUUGAUGCCAUCUUCAUCUACAAUGACCCUCGGGACUGGGGGCUUGACAGUACCGUGAUUCUCGAUCUUCUGCUGUCCAAGCAAGGAUAUCUGGGCACGCUCUCUUCCAAGAACGGGGACGCAUCCCUUCCCAAUCAUGGUUACCAGCAAGAUGGUCAACCGCAUCUCUACUACAGCAAUCCAGACCUCUGGUGGGCGUCUUCAUACCACCUGCCGCGGCUGGGUCAAGGUGGCUUCCGUGAAGCCUUCGCAGGCCUUUGGCGAGCGGUAACGAACGAUGCAGAGCUGCAGAAGACCAUUAUCGGCAAGCCGUAUCAGCCGACAUAUGAGUUUGCGGAGCGCAGACUGCGUGCGCAUCGGAAGAAGUUGUUCGGGCACGUUGGGCUCAACGAGCCGUUGAAGCGGGUGUACAUGGUCGGCGACAAUCCAGAGUCUGAUGUUCGAGGUGCCAACAACUACCACUCGCCGCAUGGGAGCCAGUGGCGAAGUAUUUUGGUCAAGACCGGCGUGUAUCAGGAUGGGAGCGAGCCGAGCUGUAAGCCUACCAUGAUCCUGGACGGUGUCCAAGAGGCCGUGAGGUGGGCUGUAGAGGAUGCGAACAAGGCUUGAAUUUGAGCGAUAGACGUCCGCUUAUUCAGAUACCCUUAGACUGCUGUAUAGACGAAGAAAUCAAUUCUAGAUGCGAUGCUGUGCGAACAGAAUAGGACGCAGAGAAUGCCGAAGGCGAUACUCUAAGCGUCGCGGACCAGAGAUUCGCUGACCUC